CCACCACCUGUCGAGUCCUCUCCUCCAUUGCAGCUAGUGGGUUCAUAGCCUGGCAUCUCCUCUGGUUGGGUUCGUCGCCUCUCAUUGCCUCUCCAGCUUUGGGUUCUUGGUUGGCUGCUGAAAAUUAAGGCCUUGGUCUGCUGCAUUCUAAUCUAAGGAGAUGGCAGAAAUUGCAAUAAACUUAGUGAUUGAUAAGUUGGUCCCACUUGUCUUGAAUGAAGUAAAGCUCCACAGAGAUGUGCCCAAACAUAUUAAUUUCAUCAAGCAUCGGUUAAACUUGGUAAAAGCCUAUUUAAAAGAUGCAGAUGAACAGGCUGAGAGGACAAGCGCAAGCUACCUGGUAAAAGAGUGGGUGAAACAAGUAAGAGAAAUUGCUUUUCGCAUAGAAGAUGUGAUUGAUGAAUGCUUGUUUAGUGAGACGAAAAAACGUGCUCGAAAUCGCGAAUUUAUUGGAAGGGGUUUCUUUAAAACCAUGUCUAGACAUCAGAUUAAGGACGAGAUUGUGGCCAUUGGAAAUGCCCUAGACGAUCUCUAUAAAACAAGGGAGACUUUAGGGUUAAACUUAUCGACAACAGAAUUGAUCCGUGGAGAGACCAGACCAGGAUAUGACCCUCGACAAGGUUCUCGUUUUAUGGACGAGGCAGAGCUUGUAGGUAUUAAUGAAACCAAGCAAAGACUCAUAGAUUGGCUGUCGAGGGAAGAAGGGAGGAGCACGAUAAUUUCAGUGGUGGGCGAAGGAGGAUUAGGUAAAACAACUAUUGUGAAUAACUUGUACGAGAAGCAAAAAAGAUGGUUUGACUGCUGUGCUUGGAUCACUGUCUCUCGGUCACUAGAAGGAGGACUAUUAAGAAGUUUGACGCAAAGCUUGUGUGGGUGGGAUGACAUUAAAGAAGCUGACAAGAAGGUAGAGGCAGAUAAAAUGACUUCCAAAUUGAGAGAAUAUCUGUUGGAUAAAAAAUAUAUGGUUGUCUUUGACGAUGCAUGGAACGAGUAUUUUUGGGCACAAGUUAAGUUUGCAUUACCACAUAACGGCAAAGACAACAGGAUAAUGAUUACCACAAGGAAUAAACGGAUCGCAAAGCUGUGUAGAUUAGAUCAUGCUCAAUUCUACAUCCAUGAGCUAAAACCCUUAUCCCAGCAAGAUGCUUUUAAGCUUUUUUCUCGUAAGGUCUUUGGGCCUUCUGAUCAUAUUGAAGAAACUAAUCCAUUGAUGAAGUUGUCUCAAGACUUUGUUAGCCGGUGCAACGGAGUUCCGUUUGCAAUUGUAGCUAUUGCUGGUCUUCUAUCAACUAAACGAAGAGAUGCCUUAACAUGGGAAAAGGUGCGCGAUAGCCUUAAUCAAAAAAUCACCAACGAUCCUUCUUUAAAGGGUUAUUUCGAGGUGAUAUUAGAAAGUUAUGAUGAUCUUGAUUACCACCUUAAGUUAUGCCUCCUGUAUUUCGGCCUUUUCCCUAAAGCCUACUCCAUUAGCUCCACAAGACUCAUUAAUUUGUGGAUAGCAGAAGGAUUUGUGAAAAGAAAUUCAAAUGACGAUCCACGAACGAUUGAGGAAGUGGCAGGAGAAUACUUAGAGGAACUAAUUCAUCGAAGCUUGGUCAAAGUGUCGGCAGAGUAUUCUGAUGGCAGAGUUCGAAGAUGUCAUAUCCAUGAUCUCAUGCACACAUUUGUUCUCAACAAAGGUAUGGAUCAGAACUUUUGCCAGGUGAUCAGACCUAAUCACUCAUUUGAUCUCUUUACACGGUCUAGGCGCCUAUCCAUCCUCGCGCCUCUUGACAUUCCAAGUGCUAAAAAUUAUGAUACAGUGAAGUCUUGCUUUGUUUUCAAGUCACAACAGUUGGAAAAGCCUCUUUUGCAAUCAUUCUUGUCCCAUUUCAAGCUCUUGAUAGCCUUGGACUUUGAAGGUGCGCCUCUCGAUCAUCUUCCUAAAGCUGUUGAGAAUUUGUUCCUUUUGAAGUAUCUAAAUCUGCGAAAGACGCAGGUUAAGACCAUUCCUAAGUUCAUUGGCAAUCUUCUUAAUUUGGAGAUUCUGGACCUGAAGCAUACGCUGGUGAUUGAAUUGUCAGCAUCCAUUUACCAUCUCAUCCGCCUGCGACAUCUCAUAGCAUAUUCUUCUUAUGGGGUGCAAUUGAAGAAAGGAAUAUCUUGUUUGAACGCUCUACAGAAGCUGACCAAAGUUGAUGUCUCUAAUGAGGGUGGUGUCAUCGAAGAAUUGAUUCAUUUGACGCAAAUGAGGAAGCUAGGAAUCAUCAACUUGAAGAGGAAGAAUGGGAAAUCAUUGUGCCGUGCAAUCCAAGAGAUGAAGCAUUUGUGUUCUUUGAGUAUUGUGGCUUUUGGAAAGAAUGAAGUUCUUGAUUUGCCGUCAAUAACUAAGCCUCCUCGAUACUUGCAGCGUAUCAACUUUGAUGGUCCUUUAGAGAAAUUACCGAAUUGGAUUCCUAAACUUAGACAUCUAGUGAAGCUGCGUUUGGCCAGAUCACGACUACGAGAAAACAAGGACUUGUUGUAUGAUCUGAAGGACUUGACAGAGUUAGUGGAUCUUUCUCUCUUGCGAACAUAUGAAGGCGAAGAGUUGCAUUUUAAAGCUGAAUGGUUUAAGAAGCUCAAGGUUCUUACUUUACAAUCCAUGGAUAGAUUGAAGAUUAUAAGAGUAGAGGAAGGAGCAAUGCCUUUGCUUGAAGAUCUACACUUGGGGUUUUGCCCUCAAAUGAUACGUCUGCCUGACGAUGUCGAAAAACUUAAUGUUCUCAAAAGUAUUUAUCUUGCAGGAAUGUCUGAUGAAUUCCAAGAGAGAAUGGUGAAAAAAGAUUUCUCUAUAUCCCCCAACUUAUCAUCGGUGACUUACAAGCUGGAUGGUCACAAUCUCCGUAUUUAUCCUUGAAGCUCGUGACACUAGUAAGUGCUCCUCCUCUGUUACCUUUAAAUGCAUUUUCUUCUUAAUUAAAAAAAAGUAUUUUCUUAGUUUUUUUUUCAUAUCAUAUUGGUUUUAAUUUUUAAUUUCAUUAUAGUUUUAACUUUGUAAACCUUCUUCCUUUUGAUUCUUAAACAAUACAAUUGAGUUGUUUUAUUCUUCAUUAGUUUUGUUGCA